AUGGCAGAAGAGGCGAGGGCGGCAGCCAAGGACGCCACAGAGGUGGGUAAAGCGACGCUGGAGAUUGCGCGAGAGAUCAGGAACAAGAGACCACAAGAGCAGGCGAACGGACUAAUGAGCUACGCUGCGGCGGCAGCCAGGGGAGUCCCGUUAGCAGGUACAUACAAUGCACAAAGUGUCAAAAAGCUAUCUGCGCAAACGCAGCGUGAGGUCAUCAUGAAUAUUAGAGACCCCCUCACCGUACAGAGCCUAAGGGCUAUAAAUCCUAGCAACCUCAAAAUGCAUGUCUAG